UUUUGCGUUCCACAUGCCUGCGCUACUUCCUGUGCCCCGAGAAGGUCUCUUGUGAGGAUUACUGGUUGAUGUUGCUGUGAACGGAGAGCACAAUGGUCAUCGGAAGCCACCUCAAGACCGGCCAUUUGGCUGAGGAGAUAUUGACCCUCAGCCUGAAGAUUAUCUGCCUACUGACUGGGCAGGAUUAUAUAAUUGUAAGGAAGCACGGAGACCGCAUCCCCCAUGAGUCAGACGGGACCCGGAGCCCCAGCCCGGUGCCUCCACCUCACUCGCCGACCCACGAGAGGAACCGCGAACAGAAGAUCCUGGAACUGACCAACAAGAUGAUGUCCCUGCUGACUGGAGAGGUGAGCGCUGCUGGGAACGGGACGUUAUACAGUAACACCGAGGCGUGUGUCUGGAUGGUGACGGCUCAUUGUGUGUCUCAGGUUCCUGUAAGGUGUGAUGAUGUCACCGUCUAUUUCUCCAUGGAGGAGUGGGAGUAUUUAGAAGGACACAAGGAGCAUUACAGGGACGUGAUGAUGGAGACCCACCAGCCCUGUGGUUCUCCGGACGCAUCCGAGGUCAGAGAUCGAGCCCCUAAUUCUCCGCUGGACUGUAAGACGUCUCAUUUUAUUAAGGAGGAAUCCGCCUCACGUGAAGAGACAGACAUUUGUGACUCGGCGGAGUCUCCACAGACAGAGCUCACAUCGACUCGAGGGAUCCGCCUCAUGUGA